AUGGCGGAAGCUUCUCUUGCCUUCCCCAUAAUUUGCCUGACUCUCUCAUUCCUCUUUGUUGUUGCCGUUUACAAUCCCUCGAUUAUGCGGCACCUCGGCGCCUUCCACCAUCACAUUAUCCUUCCCGUGUACCAACAAAUUGCGCGCAAGCUCUUCAACCGUAAUCCCAUCAGCCAAAGUCCACCAGACCGUACGCCCGGGGUAGGGUACGAGGCACUCAACCUCGAUAAAAAAGAUGAAGAAGAACAAAGUCCGUCACCCCUCCCAACUUCAUCCAUGCCAACACCUGACUAUCAUCGACACGACGAAGAACCUGCUCCCGACCCAUUCAACAUGCUUUCAGAAAGGGAUACUGAGAUAGAAAUACACGACCUCAGCAGACCUACCAGCUAUGCUGGAAGCCCAUACCGUCCGUCCGAUUUUGUGGAAUUGGCUGGCCUCUCCACCCACAGCCCUUCACACAGUAUUGCUGAAUCUGUAGUGUCCUCUGACGAGUAUGACUCUGAAUGGUCCGACUCUGCUCUCGACGAGGCUGUUUACGUGCGAGACAACCCAACCGAUGAUAUCCCCGUCUGGGAAUUCGACGUCAGGCGUCCUAUUUACAUCGUUGGUAACGAGCACGAGCAAGGAAGACCGACGGUGUGGUUAGAUGAGGUUGUCGAGUGGACCUCCCAGGGUGUUUUUGCUUUUGUUUCGCCUGACAUCUUGGAACAACGGAGGUGA